GGCAAAUUAUUUCAUUCACCUCCUGAUCAAAGAUGGAUCUGCAAAUCUCAGUUUUUCUUCUGUUCGUUCUUUUCACUGCAGGGCACUCUCUCAGCUGUUAUGAGUGUAUGGGUCUGACAGGUUCUUGUUCAGAUCAAAAGCUGAAAACAUGCCCCAGUGGAUCUUCCAUGUGCAUGAGUUUAACAACAGUAGCACAAGCUGGUGGCACCACUGCUAAAGCGAAGGUUAAAGAUUGUGCUGCUGACUGUGCGAGUGGAUCCAUCAACCUCGGCAUUGGAAAGAAUUCUUUAGCGUGCUGUAACACAGACCAGUGUAACGUUCAAGACGCUCCAGAUCCCUCUAAUGUCCCCAAUGGAAAGACAUGUUACUCUUGUGAUGAGAAGAGCUGCUUAAACAUAUUGAGCUGUUCAGGGACUGAAGACCGCUGCCUUAAAGCAACAGCGAGUUUUGGGGGCCAAUCAAUGGCUGUAAAAGGCUGUAUCUCUAAAUCUCUUUGUGGUUCUGGAAUACCAGUUAGUGAUGUUCAGAGCAUCUCAUGCUGUGAGGGGAACCUGUGUAACGGAGCUAAGAGCGUCACUCAGAGCUUCCUGUUCCUCUGCUGUUCUCUGCUCUCCUUCAUCCUGCUGCACUGAAUCCAGCAGCUCUUCACAUUCUACAAUGAGACACACUGUACUGAAUAUAGAGCUUGUAUUUUCUCUGUACAAUGCAUCUUUUGUGUCCUGAUAUGAUUUUUUUGCUGUGACAUUUUGAUGUGACAGUUUUUAAUAAAAUACUGUAUUACCUUGUUUC